AUGAACACACACCGAAUGGGCAAGCAAGACGGGACGGCGCUGCAGCUUCCUGAGGCACUGGGACCACGAGCCACGGGGACCCUCGAGUCCUGGCUGGCUGCUGAGGGCCCCAUCGCACUACAAGGUAUUCUCAACAAUAUAGGAUCCUCUGGUUCGAAAGUCUCAGGUGCCAGCGCCGGCAUUAUUGUAGCUUCUCCAUCGAAGAGCAAUCCCGAUUACUUCUAUACUUGGACACGCGAUGCGGCAUUGACGAUCAAAUGUCUGAUCGACCAAUUCCUUUCUGGAGGACCAUCGAGCUUGGAGACCACCAUCCAGGACUACAUCAAUGCCCAAGUGCAUCUUCAGACUGUCAAUAACCCAUCAGGCGGCUUGUGCUCUGGCGGUCUCGGGGAGCCAAAGUUCAAUGUAGAUGGCACGCCAUUCACUGGCUCCUGGGGCAGACCUCAACGCGAUGGCCCUGCUCUGCGUGCAACAGCGUUGAUCGCCUAUGCCCGAUAUUUGCUCGGCAAAGGCGAUACAGCUAAUGUCACGAACAUCAUCUGGCCCGUUGUUCAGAACGACUUGAGCUAUGUCAGCCAGUAUUGGAACCAGACUGGGUUCGAUCUUUGGGAAGAAGUCAACAGCUCUUCAUUCUUCACGACCGCAGCGCAGUAUCGUGCUUUAAUUGAGGGCAGCGCGCUGGCUGCUCAGAUUGGCAAACAAUGCCAAGGCUGUGACUCUCAGGCGCCGCAAGUACUGUGCUUCUUGCAAAGCUUUUGGACAGGCUCGUAUGUGCUAUCAAAUACUGGUGGUGGUCGCUCGGGCAAAGACGCGAAUCCAGUCCUGGCUUCUAUCCACCUCUUCGACUCAUCGACGGGAUGCAACUCCAACACGUUCCAACCAUGUAGCGAUAAGGCUUUGGCCAAUCACAAACAAGUCACAGACUCGUUUAGGUCCAUAUACUCGAUCAACAGCGGAAUCGCCGCUGGAAAAGGCGUCGCCGUAGGAAGGUACCAAGAGGACUCCUAUCAAGGCGGAAACCCAUGGUACUUGAAUACAUUUGCUGCAGCUGAGCAGCUUUACGAUGCCGUGUAUCAGUGGAAGAAAGCAGGAUCUAUAACUAUCACAGCAACCUCGCUACCAUUUUUCAAGGACGUUUAUGUGGCAGCUACCACCGGCACUUUUUCGUCUUCGACCUCUACAUUCAACUCUAUCAUUACCGCAGUAGGGGUCUAUGCGGACAGCUACAUGUCCAAGGCUCAACAAUACACUCCACAAGGUGGAGCCCUUGCAGAGCAGUACUCCCGCUCAAACGGCAGCCCGCUCUCUGCUGGAGACCUAACGUGGUCAUAUUCCGCCUUCCUGACAGCUUUCAACGCUCGCAAAGCAGCUAUGCCAGCCUCUUGGGCCAGCUGCAGUGCCACUCCGACGCUUACCAAUGUAUUAUUCGAAGAGACAGCAACGACAACCUAUGGCGAGAAUGUCUUUAUUUCUGGAAGCAUCUCUCAGCUCGGCAACUGGAGUCCGGACAACGCUGUCGCUCUUAGUGCUAAGAACUAUACCAGCACCAACAAUCUUUGGUUUGUGACUGUGCAAUUACCGGUCGGACAAAGCUUUAUGUACAAGUACCUCAGGAAGGAGACAGACGGCAGCGUAAGGUGGGAGAGCGACCCGAACAGGUCGUAUACUGUGCCUAAGAAUUGUGCCGGGUCGGCAACGCAAAGCGAUACGUGGAGAUGA